AAAACAUGACUACCUGUUAAUUCACAAUUUACUGCUAGAGAAGUUGGACUGGCUAGCUUUGCGAAUGUUUAUAAGGAUGUGAAUGCCCUGGUCAUGAAAAUCGUGAAAAUAUUAAAGACUCGUAUAAAAAGAAGGGAGCAGGAUGCAUCACUUGAUGCGACUCAGUCCAACACGGAUACGAUCAAACACACCCCCUCCCCCUCCACCAGUAGAGCUGUCUCUCCUGCUCCUGCUAGGACGAGCCCAAGUAAAAACAGGUACACUAAGAAAAAUAAAGCAGGACAUCUGAAACAGAGUAAAAGUUUUCAUGUGGCACCUGGCCCGAGUCCAAGUAUAUCGUUUACUGCCUCGUUUGAUGACUCAGAUGGAACGAGCAUCAAAACCAGCAACAUCAGAAGAGCCCAGUCGUUUCACGACAAGAAGAGAUUGGAAAGAGGGUUCCUGGGGCAGUCCUUUGGUUCGGAGAGUGACACUGAGUCUGUUAAAACCAACAAAUCAGACCUUUCUGACCUCAACAGAUUU